UACGUAAAAAGUAUUUUCGAGCGAACGCAUCGCGUUUCGUCGAUCGGAAAGUAAAAAAAAAAAAAAUUAUUAUAAAAAGAAAGAAAAAAAGUAAGAAAAGAAACAAAGCACUAGAAACAACAACAAUCAUCGUCAAAAUUUAGAAAAUUCAAUCAUUUGCUGUGCAAAAGUAAGAGAAAACGACUUGAAAAGGUUUCUUGAAUUUUGUGUAAAGUGCAUACGAUACAGAAGAAUCAAACAAGAUUUAAUUUGGCUUUGCCCAAGGAAGUUUUACGUUCUCAAUGAAAGAGAUAUUACACAUUACAUACAGCUCUAUUCACUAGUUAUAUUCGUCGUUGUUAAAUCGAUUGAACGAGGUUCUCUUUACAAAAAUUCUCUGCAUCGUGGUUUUUGUACCGUGAGUCUUCUCCGAUACGCAUAUAAAGUGAUAUAUGUAGUGAGUACUCACUAUUGAAACAUUCAAGUCAAAUAUAUGAAAUAAUUUUUUUUUCGUGUGUCGUGUUGUCGUGCGCGCUCUAUUAGUGGUGCUCGUCAUUUUGACUUUUUUUGUACAAUUGCGUGUCCGAACAGUAUCAUAUUUUUUUCACUGACAAAUCGCAUGUGCUCCGCUUAAAAAAAAAACGAAGAGUUAAUCGUGUGUUUUUGUUUCGGUUUGCGGAAUCGAUUAUUGAAAACAAAAAUUACAAAUAUUUGUUGAAAUCAAUUUUUGCUGACAGACGAGCAGAUAAAACAGAAAUUACUAAAAGGUGCUCAUUGACACAUCGUACUCAACUUGUAUCGGAUUAUUAUCGCAGCUAGAGUGAAAUAAGUAGCUGAGUUCGAGUUAAAACACACACACACAUAGAGAGAGACAGAGAUAAAAAGUCAAGAGGUAAAAAGUCAAAAAUCUACGUAAUCUAAAUGAUGACUAAUACAAUUGCUUCGGGAGGUCUUGAGACCCAAGCCAUGCUGGGCGCAGCUCAACAACAGCAACAGCAACAACAACAGCAACAAGCCCAGAAAAAUGGUGAUACAGGAUCGCUCGAUGGCUCACUUGAAAAUAAAACCAAUUUGAUUGUCAACUAUUUGCCACAAACGAUGACCGAAGAAGAGAUCCGAUCAUUGUUCAGCAGUGUUGGUGAAGUGGAAAGUGUGAAAUUAGUGCGUGAUAAAACCGUUGUAUUUCCCGAUCCAUUAAAUCCAGGCGCACCAAAGGGCCAAAGUUUGGGCUACGGUUUUGUCAACUAUGUUAAAGCACAAGAUGCUGAACAGGCCGUAAAUGUAUUGAAUGGACUACGAUUACAAAAUAAAACGAUUAAAGUAUCAUUUGUCCUAUAUGACCAAACUGUUGUGUAG